UUUAGGGUGUGCCUUCUUGAUGGAGGAUUUUUCCUCGAAUUUCACGACAACUUCAAUUCAGAAUGAUAGUUAUGAAGAAGAUCAACAACCACAUAUCGAUAUGUCAUUUGCAAAAGGUUUUAUGACAGUUGUCUACAUAGUCGUUUGUCUCGUUGGAACACCUGGAAAUCUAUGGAUCAUCUAUAAACUUUUCCGUGCAAAAUUAUGGAGCGGUGCGUCAGUUCAAUUAACGGUAUCUCAAAGAUCUCGAAUCUACAUAUUUGCUCUCGCAUGUUCGGACAUGUUCCUUCUAUUGACACUCCCUGCCACGGCAAGCUAUAAUUACCACGGGACUUGGAUAUUUGGCUCUGCAGCUUGCUAUAUAAUUCGAUCCAUCGAGAUCUUCGCAAAACUUUUCUCGGUAGUAUUGCUGACUGUGAUGAGUUUGGAGAGAUACAUCAUUGUGUGCACGCGGCUUCGUCACAUCUACCGUGCAUGGAUGUCACUUGUACCUCUGGCAGUCGGAACAAUAUUUGGAGUUCUCGUACCAACAAUCAUCCAUUAUUUCUACCUUCAACAUUUCUCAGUACCAUUUGACCCAGAUGUCACCUGGGUUUGUCUACCACUAAUGUCAAAUGAAGUCUUCAAUCUGUUCGCCCAAUACACAUUUGUCGUUGGUUUCAUCAUUCCGUUCGCUAUAAUGACAGCCUGCUACAUCAUGCUCGUUCGUCAUGUUCGAACAAAAUACAAGAUGCGAAGAGCUCAGACGACAACGACGUUGGCGAAACCAGGAAAAGAGCCAAGAUAUAUGAGUGAAGUGAAGAAGAGUAUUUGGAGAAUUGCAGUGUUCCAUUUUGUAUGUUGGGCUCCGUUUUGGGGAUUCACUAUGCUUCCCAAUUAUAUUUAUCAAAUCGAUCAAUUUUUGCAUGGGGACAAUGAGGAAGAAAGUGGUGGAGAAAGUAUUUUCCUCGUCUAUUGUCGUCUUGUCUCAAAUUGUCUUCCAUAUAUAAAUGCUGCAGGCAACUGGGUUCUAUAUGCUCUUCUGAAUGUAGAUGUCCGCAAGCAUAUCUACAAUCAGCCAAAGAAGAAGAGGAAGUUCACAUUAAAAUUCAAUCCGGUCAAUACAUCAUCGAAUUGCUAAAAUUUCAGUGAUAAUAGGUGAUCAAUUCUGUAUUUUUCUGAUGAUCUCUUAACGGGUACACAAAAUGAAUCUGUCAUUGAAUAAAUUAUUGUAGUUUCUAA